CUAAAUGGCUUAACCGGCUAUCGCAACGUGGAAACUUGUCGACGGGCUUCGCAAUUUAUAUUGGCGACCUCUUCACCACCGACUACCUACCUCUUCUUCUUUCCUCCCACCCCUUCUCCUUCCAAUCCGUAAUAUCCCUACGGAGCCGAUGGCUUGCGACUUGCCACGCUCUACUCAUACCUGUCUUUUAUUUCCUGUCCCUCAUUCCCAUGGAUCCGUUUCGAGCUGACAAACGUCUCCUCUGAAAGUCGGACCUGUCUCACUUUUGACCUGUUUCCUUGACGCCCUCGUUUUCGCUCGCUCCGCUUUACGACGCGCGCAAGACCGACCGACCCCUGACGGCUCGCAACCAUGGCGGGCGCCAGCCGCUUCCGGUUCCUGGCCGUUGCCGUGGUCUUCCACCUGGUUUACAUCUACUCUAUUUUCGACAUCUACUUCGUCAGUCCUAUUGUUAGCGGGAUGCGGUUGUACCAGCUAGAGAGGCCUGCUGGGGAGAGGGCACCCGCCGACCGGCUCGUCCUCUUUGUGGGCGACGGGUUGCGUGCGGACAAGGCGUUUCAAUCAUUUCCUGAACCCUACGCCAAGACGGAAGAUGACGAGGUUCCGAGACCGCUCGCGCCCUACCUUCGUUCCCGCGUGCUGGAACACGGCACUUUCGGCGUAUCCCACACCAGAGUGCCCACCGAAUCGCGACCCGGCCACGUUGCGCUUAUAGCCGGGCUUUACGAGGACGUUUCCGCCGUGGCAACCGGCUGGAAACUCAACCCGGUCAACUUCGACAGCGUCUUCAAUAGGAGCGCUCACACGUGGAGUUGGGGCAGCCCCGACAUCCUCCCCAUGUUUGAGCAGGGCGCGACUCCGGGGAGGAUAGACGCGGAUUGUUACGAUGCCGACUUCGAGGACUUUUCUCAAGACGCAACCCACCUGGACUUAUGGGUCUUCGAUCAUGUGAAGGAACUUUUUGCUGCCGCCGAGCAGAACAAGACUUUGAACGGUGCCCUCAGGCAAGACAAGAUCGUCUUUUUCCUCCAUCUCCUAGGGCUUGACACCAGUGGCCAUUCGUACCGUCCGUACUCGAAGGAGUACUUGAAUAAUAUCAAAAUUGUCGAUCAAGGUGUUAAAGAAGUAGCCGAGCUAAUCCAGGAUUUCUACCGUGAUGAUAGGACAGCUUUCGUUUUCACUGCCGACCAUGGAAUGAGCGACUGGGGUAGUCACGGAGAUGGCCACCCGGAUAACACGAGAACCCCAUUGAUUGCUUGGGGCUCGGGUGUUGCAAAGCCGUCUGUACAUGAGGGUGUCGUCGCACCUGGUCACGACGAGUACUCCUCGGAUUGGAAUCUUGAUCACAUCAGGAGGAACGACGUGCAGCAGGCCGAUGUUGCGGCCCUGAUGGCCUAUCUAGUCGGUGUCGAGUUUCCCGCCAACUCCGUGGGCGAACUUCCGCUUUCAUACCUAUCCGCAGACAUCAAGGAGAAGGCCGAAGCCUCUCUGGUGAACGCUCGGGAGAUUCUAGAGAUGUAUAAGGUGAAGGAAUCCCACAAGGAGGCGAAUGAGCUCCGUUAUCGAGCUUACAAGCCCCUGAGCGAGGAGAAUGGCCUGCUCCCGGAGAAGCGAGUGUCGAUCAUUCGAGACUUAAUCAGCACCGAGAAUUACGAGGAGGCCAUCGAAGAAUCCGCCGCCUUGAUGAAGAUUGGACUUGAGGGCAUGCGCUAUUUGCAGACUUACGACUGGUUGUUUCUGAGAGCUCUCAUCACCAUCGGCUAUCUUGGAUGGAUGGCUUAUGCUCUAACUACGGUUUUGGACCUACACGUAUUACAUGGGACAACGCAGGCAUCGAGAACCCUUGGUGGUGUCGUUGCCUUCUCUUCCGUUCUCGUCCUUCUUUAUUCGUCCUUCGUCAUCUCUCACUCGCCCUUCACGUACUAUGCUUAUGCCUUUUUCCCUGUAUUUUUCUGGGAGGAAGUAUACGCACGGAGAGAUAGCCUGAUCAAGGGCAGACAGGUCUUGUUCGGACACAUCAAAACUGGCGCCAACGUCUUUACCCUAGUGCUAAAUAUGAUUAUCUAUGUCGGUAUCAUUGUAUCGCUGGCCCUCGGAUAUAUUCAUCGAGAAAUAUUUACAGGGCUCUUCGUUGCCGGCGCCUUCUACCCGUUGACAGUAGGGAUAUCUUUCCUUCAGGAACACAUUCUCUUGAGCGUAACUUGGUUUGUGUUGUGUCUACUAAUGGGCAGUUUCACUUUACUACCGGCCAUGAAGGUCGAAAAUAUCCCGCUGAUCAUGCUUGGCGGCCUGCUCAUGGUCAUUGUCGGGCUUCUGUACCUGAUUUUUGAGGAUAGGCUCUUGGCAGAUUUUUCGAGCCCAAAGAGAUCCAGCGGCCUUCCAAAGGCUAACAGGGUCUCGAGAGCGUUGGUUGGCAUUCAGAUCGGGCUCAUCCUAUUAGCUAUGGUGGUCACUCGGGACAGUGCUCUGUCGCUACAAGCUAAGCAGGGCCUACCGCGCGGAAAUCAGGUAGUAGGCUGGUUGGUGUUGGUCGUGUCCUUGUUGAUGCCACUGACCCACAGACUUCAGCCGAACAACCACUACCUUCAUAGGUUGCUGGUUAUUUUCCUGACGUGCGCGCCAACCUUCGUUAUUCUCACCAUAUCCUACGAGGGGCUGUUCUACUUUGCUUUCAGCUCGACUCUGGCCACCUGGGUGCAGCUGGAACGUCACAGUUACGUAUUCUUACGGUCAGCGACCGGUGCGCCGGCAGCGAAGAAUACCGCCGAGGCGACGCCCAAGACAGUCGUGUCCAAAUUCCGGCCGCUGGCUUUGUCAGACACCCGCGUGGCUCUCUUCUUCUUCAUCCUUAUCCAGUCGGCCUUCUUCAGCACAGGCAACAUCGCUUCGAUUUCUUCCUUCAGCUUGGAGAGCGUAUGUCGACUCAUCCCGAUAUUCGACCCUUUCUCGCAGGGGGCGCUUCUGGUUCUUAAGAUUAUGAUUCCGUUUGCGCUCAUAUCCGCGAACUUGGGGAUUCUCAAUAAGAGAAUCGGCGUGGCGCCGUCGGCGCUAUUCAUGGCCGCGAUGGCGAUGAGCGACGUACUAACCCUCUACUUCUUCUGGGUAGUGAAGGACGAGGGUUCGUGGCUCGAGAUCGGGUCCACGAUCACGCACUUUGCCAUAGCUAGCCUGCUUUGCGUCUUCGUCGCCGCGCUCGAAGGCGUGAGUGCGUUGUUCAUCGCCGGCAUCGAGGUGGAGAGUAUGUAUGAGUUGACGGCUGUAAGCAACGGGACGGUGCCAAACGGCCCAGAGCGAGCUACCAACGGGGAGACCAAAGACGAUGGCCCGGCUAGUAGAUCAAAGGGGGAGAUAGAUACGCUGGCCGAGUCUACGUAGGCAGCGGUAACUCGUCGGCUCUGGGGACAGACAGAAGAUUCGAUAGAUAAAUACGUACGUAACGAGACGAGGCGGAGUGUCAGGCAGCCAUGUCUCAGAUGUUCGCAUAUUAUACUCAGUAUGUACUCAUAGUGAGCGCGGGAUUACGUAGGUAGGGACCGCAGCUGGGGUGCGCGUUGUUGAUGUGAUGGUGACCCGAUUCGGCAAAUUCCUCGGCACGUCUUGGAAGCUUGGACGGGCGUGAAGUUGCCAUUGGCCUCACUCUCCACAAUGCGUAUGCGCCACCGUAUGUGGAUGUACUCAUAUAUAUCUCCCUACCGCUGCCCCGUAUGUUUUGGAAGGC